ACCACAACAGAAAGAGCUACCUAGCUAGCUCUGCUUGUUUCGCUCUUCAGAACUCUCGGUCAGUCGGCUCGCGUAAGAUAGAUGGCAGGCAGACAGGACGUGAACGUGGACGAUAGCCUCGCCGGCAUGACGACGCUGUCCGUGCACAAUGAGGAGCAGACGGCAAUGCUCCCCGUCAGCGUGGAUGGCAGCAAGCCCAGCGGCCGGUACGUCCUCGUGGCGGGCCGCGCCCAUGAGAAGGAUGGCCUGCGGCAGACUAUCACGACGGGCGUCGUGAAGCCUCGGGUCACGUACCGCGUGGCCGGGUGGAUCAGCCUGGGCGCAGGCGCGGCGUGGGGGACGAGCCACCCGGUGCGCGUCAACCUUGGUGUCACUACGGACGAUGAUGAGAAUGAGAGCCUGCAGGUGGAGUGUGGCGCGGUCUGCGCCGUGGCUGGCGGGUGGACGGAGAUCAUGGGCGCCUUCCGCCUCAGGACGGAGCCGCGCAGCGCCGCGGUUUACGUCCACGGCGCCCCUGCCGGCGUCGACGUCAAGGUCAUGGAUCUCCGCGUCUUCCAGACAGACCGCGAGGCGCGCUUCAGGCAACUCAAGGACAAGACUGACAAGGCGCGCAAGAGGGACGUGAUUCUGAAGCUGGGAAGGCAGACCGGAGCGGCGGCGUCCGUGCGCGUGGUGCAGUUGGACAACGCCUUCCCCUUCGGGUCAUGCAUCAACACGUCCGUCAUCCAGAAGCCGGCCUUCCUCGACUUCUUCACCAACCACUUCGACUGGGCCGUCUUCGAGAACGAGCUCAAGUGGUACCACACCGAGGCGCAGCAGGGCCAGCUCAACUACGCCGACGCCGACGCGCUCCUCGCCUUCUGCGACCGCCUCGGCAAGAGCGUCCGCGGCCACUGCGUCUUCUGGUCCGUCGACGGCGACGUGCAGCAGUGGGUCAAGAACCUCGACAAGGACCAGCUGAAGUCCGCCGUCCAGAGCCGCCUCGAAGGCCUGGUGUCCCGCUACGCCGGCAAGUUCCCGCACUACGACGUCAACAACGAGAUGCUGCACGGCCAAUUCUUCCGGGACCGCCUCGGCGACGACCACGUGCCGGCGUUCAUGUUCAAGGAGGUGGCGCGGCUGGACCCGGAGCCCGCGCUCUUCGUCAACGACUUCAACGUGGAGUGCGGCAACGACCCCAACGCGACCCCCGACAAGUACGCCGAGCAGGUCGCAUGGCUGCAGAGCUGCGGCGCGGUGGUGCGCGGCAUCGGACUGCAGGGCCACGUGAGCAACCCGAUCGGUGAGGUCAUCUGCGCCGCGCUCGACAGGCUCGCCACCACCGGCGUGCCCAUCUGGUUCACGGAGCUGGACGUGUCCGAGCCCGACGUGAGCCUCCGCGCCAAGGACCUGGAGGUGGUGCUCCGGGAGGCAUACGCGCACCCAGCGGUGGAGGGCGUCGUGUUCUGGGGGUUCAUGCAGGGCACGAUGUGGCGGCAGGACGCCUGGCUCGUCGACGCCGACGGCACCGUCAACGAAGCUGGCCAGAUGUUCCUGAACCUCCAGAGGGAAUGGAAGACGGACGUGCGAGGGAGCGCCGACGGCGAUGGGAACUUCAUGUUCAGGGGCUUCCACGGCAGAUACUUCGUCGAGGUCACCACGGCGACGGGGUGUCGGAUGCUCAAGACCUUCACGGUGGAGAAAGGGGACAGCACAACUCUCAUGGUGGAUUUGGGCGAUGCCUGAGUGCCUGAUGGUGGAUCUAUCUACACUUUUAUACAAGUAUACAUAGAAUAGAUACUUACCCAUCUGAUUACAUUUAUGUUACAUCGGUCAUACGCUGAUGUGAUUAACAUGUUAAGGAAUAAAGUGCUCUAUAUUUACUGUA